UCAAAUAAUGUGGUCGAUCGACUGCUGACAUUUGUAUUUUUAAUAAUUUUAAAUUUCGAAUAAAUAAUCUCGGAGGUUUUGUUCGCGGACAGUGUUUCGAAAUAUUUAAAAACUAAUCCGAAAACCUUUUAUCAUGUUGUCCAGUCUUAGAUCUGGCGUACAAAGUCUGUGGAGAUCGUCCUCAAGAGCAUUGCAGACCUCUUCAAGUCUUCGUCAUGACAGCCUGUUUGUACACAGGGAUACCCCUGAAGACAACUCUAACACCCCCUUCGAAUUCUCGCCUGAAAACAAGCAAAGAAUAGAUGCCUUACUAGCUAUAUACCCAGAAGGUCACAAGCGGGGUGCCAUGAUUCCAUUGCUUGAUUUAGCCCAGCGUCAGAAUGGAGGCUGGUUACCAAUUGCAGCAAUGCACAAGGUAGCUGAAAUUCUAAACCUACCUAGGAUGAGGGUUUAUGAAGUUGCUACAUUUUAUACAAUGUUUAUUAGACGGCCAAUAGGCAAGUACCAUGUACAGAUUUGUACAACAACUCCAUGCUGGCUCCAGGGAUCUGAUGCUGUUUUGCAGGCUAUAAAAGAUACAACUGGCUGUGAAGUGGGGGGAAAUAGCCCAUGUGGAAAAUUCUCACUCUCAGAGGUAGAGUGUUUGGGUGCCUGUGUUAAUGCUCCGAUGAUGCAAAUAAAUGAUGACUACUAUGAGGAUUUAUCAGUUGAAGAUACUAAGAAAAUAAUAGAACAGCUCAAGAGAGACGAGAAACCCACACCAGGACCAAGGAGCGGACGUUAUGCUUCAGAACCUCUUGGUGGACUGACAUCGCUGACAAAAGAGCCCAAAGGACCUGGAUUCGGCUUACAGGAUGCCCUUAAAGCGUAGAAUUGUAUAAAUAUAUGUUAAUAAUGUAAUUUAAUAAAUCAGUUCGUUAGUUA